AUGAAGGUCAAUACCAUAUCAGAGGAACCAAUCUCCUUAAAUGGCACAAACAUCGAAGAUGUCACCAACUUCCCAUACCUAGGAAGUAAGAUCACCACUGAUGGGGAUUCAGAGGCAGAUGUACAAGCUCGUAUUUCUAAAGCCACAGGAGCGUAUGCUGCUCUGCGGAACAUCUGGAGGUCAACAAAGUUUAGCACCAACACCAAAAUUAAGAUCUUCAAGAGCAACGUGCUUGGGGUCCUACUAUAUGGUGCUGAAUCUUGGAAAGUAACCAAGUCUAUUUCCAACAAGCUGGAUGUAUUUCAGACCCGAUGUCUCCGCAGAAUAUUGUGCAUCUUCUGGCCUAACACCAUCUCAAAUGACGAACUGUACAAAAGGACAAACACCACUCCUCUAUCCCAGACGACCAGAAAGAGAAAAUGGCUGUGGAUAGGACAUGUAUGCAAAAUGUACCCAAAUUCCAUCCCAAGGGUAGCUUUGAAAUGGUCACCAACUGGCAAGAGAAAGAGAGGAAGACCAAGAGAGACCUGGAGAAGAUCGGUGGAGAAAGAAAUGAAAGAUAACAACUGGAGUUGGGGACAGGUCCAAAAAUGGGCGAAAGACAGACCAACAUGGAAGUCUCUGGUGACGGCCUUAUGUGCUGACAAGCACGAAGAGGACUAA